AUGGUACACCCCUCCGCUGAUGGAGUUUCUGUCCCUUUGGGGGCGGACGAACCCCCUGAGGCUGAGCUGAGAACAUAUCCUAUGUCCAAUUCCAAGCCUAUGGCCGUUGUCGACUCGUCCAGUCGGCAUGCGCCGGCCAUGGAUCCUCUCUCAUUGUCCUCUGAAUUGCGUCCCUUGCAGGAACCGUGCGUGUCGCCCCAUUCUUUUACAUCUUCGAUCGCAACCGAUGCAACGACACCCCGGUUUGGAUGUAGCCCAGGAUACACAGACUCCCCGUCUGGUAGCCCGAGCAGCAUAUCCAGCAUGAUGAGCAUCGCUUCAUAUCGUCGUGGAGAAACGGCAGACACAGAGGACGAUCCUGAACCAGAGCUAUAUCCCGUUGAUGAGGUCGAGGAAGUCGGCGAUCGUGCUUUCGCAUCCAUGGACAUCUCUGACGAACCUGCUCCCUCCAAAUCUGAUCCUCCGCCUUCCUCUGCUAGUUCGACAUUGGCAUACAGCUCUUCUGAGCCGCGCCGCACGCAAUCUGCACCGGUAUUGCCGAAGCCUUUAAAAGGGCGAGUGUUUGAGCUACUGGCAGACGAAGAUGACAAUGGAUCCAGCGGGACGUCAUCCCCUCAUGAUUGGGACGGGGAAAUUAAUGAGCCGCCUCCUCCUCAACCCAACGUGACGCCGCAGGACACAGUCCCACCUGUUCCCUCGCCUCUCUGCAUGUGCAUUUCUGGCGAAACUGCAGGUACAGCUACGAAGCCUCAAAGUGAGCACGUUUCGAUCCCUUCUUCUCCACGGACGACCGUCCAAGAGGCGUGUACCAAAAGCCCACUAGGUGCCUUUGGUCAUGCUCACCGACGCAUGCGUCGAAGCUUACGGUCGAAAAAGCCCCUAAAAUCUGCCUUGUCUUCCUCGGAUGAAGAACGUACAGGCCGUUCUCGUCAUCGAGAACGCAAAAAACAUUCAGUACGAUUCUGCCUGGAGCCACAAGAGCAGCGCACACACAGCCCUGUUGACUAUGAUCGCAAGGCACAUCCUGUGCAUAACCGACUUUGCCAUGAUGAUCUUCGGGAGCUGCGAGAUUUGCAUAUGCCUAUGGAUUUGUUAGCAUCGCGUUGGAGCACUUUGAGGCUACCUCACCAUGGGCAGAAAGGCAGACAUUCUGCGAGCGCGCCAGAAUUGCCGGCCUAUGACAUGUGGCAUUCGAAUGCAAUGCAGUCUUUGGCGCUGGAGCAACCGUUACCAGCAUCGGGUCCGACUUGUCUUCCGGUAACGGAGACCGAUAAUACCCCAGCUGCUCCAUCAUGCAGCACGGUGGCCCCCGCGGCCACAGCACAUCGGGACCCGGUGGCCGAGCUCAAGGCUGUCCGGCCGCCCACUCCUACGCAUGAUUUGCCAGUCGCAAGUCGUUCCUAUGCUGCACCGCAAGAUCCUCCGCGGGGGCUGUCAUCGUCCCUCACAGAUUCGCUUGCAGCGCGCUUUGGCCUAACCAAACCGCCGCCACCUCUUCCCGGUGUUGAGUCGACACCCGGGCCGAGGCGGACACAAUCUGACAGCAAGCUAUAUCCUACGCCUCAGACUAUGCUUACGACUUCUACAGCGCCAAAGUCCACGGGCGCUUCUGCUGGUAAUUCGGCAGCCCACACGAGUGGGUACGAAAGCCCCUCUACAGAUCUGGGCGAUUAUGGUACUGAAUAUGCGAUGGUGGGAAGUUGCCCUUAA